AUGGUAAAAAAGAAAAAUGGGAAAUGGCGGAUAUGCGUAGAUUUCACGGACUUGAACAAAGCUUGCCCGAAGAAUUCGUUCCCGUUACCACAUAUCGACCAACUCAUCGACGCAACGGCCGGGCACGAGUUGUUGAGUUUUUUAGAUGCGUACUCAGGCUAUAACCAGAUACUUAUGGAAGAAGAGGACCAAGAUAAAACCACAUUUAUCACUUACCGAGGAACAUAUUGCUAUAGGGUCAUGCCAUUUGGGCUGAAGAAUGCAGGGGCUACAUAUCAAAGAUUGGUCACGAAAAUGUUUAAAGAUCAUCUCAGAAAGACCAUGGAAGUAUAUAUCGACGACAUGCUGGUCAAAUCCGUAAAGGCAGAGGACUAUAUCAACCAUUUAAAGGAAGCUUUCGACAUACUAAAACUGUGCGAAAUGAAACUAAACCCGGAAAAAUGCAUGUUUGGCGCAACCUAUGGGAAAUUAUUGGGCUUCUUAGUAUCACAACGGGGAAUUGAGGUCAAACCAGACCAAAUCAAAGCCAUCGAAGGGAUACCGGAGCUCUUAACUACCAAGAGGCAAGUCCAAAGGUUCACUGGUCGAAUCAUCGCCCUAUCGAGGUUCAUCUCGUGGUCGUGUGACAGAUGCCACAAAUUUUUCGGCGUACUCAAAAAGGACAAUGACCUCGAGUGGACACCCGAGUGCGUACAAGCUCUAUGA